UGUCUCUCUCCCUCUCCUUUCCUCUCUGUGAAAUCAAUAAAGAUACAUUUUUUAAAAAAGUAAUAGACACAUUUGGGGGGAUAUUCUUUGACCCACUAUACAAGGGGUUGGUUAUUUACACUCUGGAUGCCUCGUUCCCUUACAUAGAUUAUUGCACUGUAUGUGGUCAUGCUUCUUCAAGAAAUUGCCCCUUGUCCUUCCUUGGGCAGAGUUCUUAGCUUUUCGUCUCUUGUCACAGGUGCUCCAAUGAACCACCCGGGGACUGGCGAUGACAUGAAUGGGGACCGAGCAGCAGUAAAGAGGCCUCGUCGGGAGGAGACCCACAUCUGCGAGAAAUGCUGUGGAGAGUUCUUCAGCAUUUCAGAGUUCGUAGAACAUAAGAAAAAUUGCACUAAACAUCCACCUGUCCUCAUCAUGAACGACAGUGAGGGGCCAGUGCCUUCUGAAGACUUCUCUGGGGCAGCGCUGAGCCACCACCCACGCAGUCCAAGCAGCAAGGACAGUCACAGGGAGGACGGCGGCAGCUCAGGGGACAUGAAGGAGAAGCCAGGGGCGGAGUCUGUCCUGUACUUAAAGGCGGAGACCGCCCUGCCACCCACACCCCAGGACUUAAGCUAUUUACCCAAAGGCAAAGUAGCCAACACUAACGUCACUCUUCAAGCACUACGGGGCACCAAGGUGGCGGUGAAUCAGCGCAGCGCGGACGCACUGCCCGCCCCCCUGCCCGGUGCCAACAGCAUCCCGUGGGUCCUGGAGCAGAUCCUGUGUCUGCAGCAGCAGCAGCUACAGCAGAUCCAGCUCACCGAGCAGAUCCGCGUCCAGGUGAACAUGUGGGCCGCGCACGCCCUCCACUCUGGCGUGGCCGGAGCUGACACCCUGAAGACCUUGGGCAGCCAUGUGUCCCAGCAGGUUUCUGCGGCCGUGGCUCUGCUCAGCCAGAAAGCUGGAAGCCAGGGUCUGUCUCUGGACACCUUGAAACAAGCCAAGCUACCUCAUGCCAACAUCCCUUCCACCACCAGCUCUGUGUCCCCGGGUCUGCUGUCCUUCGCCCUGAGGCCGGAUGGGACAAGGGUGCUGCCGAACCGCAUCCCAGGUGCUCUGAUACCCCCGGCCCCCAGCUCUGUGCUCUUCCAGAGCCCUUUCUCCACUGUGGCAUUAGACCCGUCCAAGAAAGGGAAAGGGAAGCCACCCAACGUGUCCCCGGUGGAUGUCAAACCCAAAGACGAAGCCACCCUCUACAGGCACAAGUGUAAGUACUGUAGCAAGGUUUUUGGGACUGAUAGCUCCUUGCAGAUCCACCUCCGUUCCCAUACUGGAGAGCGACCCUUCGUGUGCUCUGUCUGUGGCCACCGGUUCACCACCAAGGGCAACCUCAAGGUACACUUUCAUCGACACCCCCAGGUGAAGGCAAACCCCCAGCUGUUUGCCGAGUUCCACGACAAAAUGACAGCAGGCAAUGGUGUUCCUUAUGCACUCUCUGUCCCUGUCCUCGUAGAUGAAUCGAGUCUCUCUUUAGACAGCAAACCUGUCCUGGUCACAGGGACCCCCAGUGUAGGGCUACCUCAGAAUCUCUCUACGGGGACUAACCCCAAGGACCUAAUGGGUGGCCCGCUAGCCCCCGACCUGCAGCCCGGGCCUUCUUCAGAAAGUGAGGAUGGAUCCCUACUGUCUGGGGUGGGGCCAAACCAUAAUUCCCCAAGGGUUGGUGGCUUCCAAGGGAGAGGGACACCCGAGCCAGGCUCAGAGACCCUGAAGUUGCAGCAGCUGGUGGAGAACAUUGACAAGGCCACCACCGACCCCAACGAAUGUCUCAUUUGCCACCGUGUCUUAAGCUGUCAAAGCUCCCUCAAAAUGCAUUACCGCACCCACACCGGGGAGAGGCCGUUCCGGUGUAAGAUCUGUGACCGCGCCUUCUCCACCAAAGGCAACCUGAAGACACACUUCGGGGUUCACCGAACCAACACAUCCAUAAAGACACAGCAUUCAUGCCCCAUCUGCCAGAAGAAGUUCACCAACGCGGUCAUGUUGCAGCAGCAUAUUCGGAUGCACAUGGGUGGUCAGAUCCCCAACACCCCCCUGCCGGAGAGUCCCUGUGACUUCACGGGCCCUGAGCUGAUGAUGAUGGGGGAGAAUGGCAGUGCCGGUGCCAUCUGUCACGAUGACGUCGAAAGCAUCGAUGUAGAGGAAGUCUGCUCCCAGGACGCCCCCGGCAGCUCCUCGAAGGUGCCCGUGCCUCUUCCCGGCAUCCACUCGGCAUCGCCCACGCCAGGGUUCGCCACAGCGGCCCCCCUGGAGGCCCCGGGGAAGGUGGGCCCUGUGCCUGUGGUCCUGCAGCGGCAGAGCAGCAGGGAAAAUGGUUCGGUGGAGAGCGACGGUGUGACCAACGACUCGGCAUCCUCUGUGAUGGGAGACCAGGAGUAUCUGAGCCGAAGUCCAGACGUCCUGGAGACCACGUCCUUUCAGGCCCUCUCCCCGGCCAACAGCCAAGCAGAAAGCGUCAAGUCCAAGUCUCCUGAUGCUGGCGGCAAAGCAGACAGCUCGGACAGCAGCCGCACUGAGAUGGAAGGUCGGAGCGGUCUCCCGUCAACAUUUGCCCGAGCCCAGCCAACCUAUGUCAAAGUCGAAGUUCCAGGGGCGUUUGGACCGGCGACCAUGUCCGCAGGCAUGGCACCUUUGCUCGCAGCUCAGCCACGCCGCCAGGCCAAGCAGCACGCCUGCACGCGGUGCGGGAAGAACUUCUCCUCGGCCAGCGCCCUCCAGAUCCAUGAGCGGACUCACACUGGGGAGAAGCCUUUCGUGUGUAACAUAUGUGGGCGAGCUUUCACCACGAAAGGCAACUUGAAGGUCCACUAUAUGACACAUGGUGCCAACAACAGCUCUGCACGCCGUGGGAGGAAGCUGGCCAUCGAGAACACCAUGGCUCUUCUAGGAACAGAUGCAAAGAGGGUCCCAGAGGUGUUUCCCAAGGAAAUCAUGGCCCCUUCAGUGAACGUGGACCCUGUUGUGUGGAACCAGUACACCACCAUGCUCAACGGCGGGCUGGCCAUGAAGACCAACGAGAUCUCGGUGAUCCAGAGCGGAGGCAUCCCCACGCUCCCGGUGUCCCUGGGGGCCAGCUCCGUCGUCAGCAACACCACGGCCUCCAAGAUAGACGGCUCUCAGUCGGUGAGCGCCGACGCGGAAAAGCCGGGCGCUCCCGACGGCGCCCCCAAACACCAGUUCCCCCACUUCCUAGAGGAAAACAAGAUCGCGGUCAGCUAAGCGCAGGACAGCCCGUGCGACAGGAGGGCCCGUGCGAAGGAGAAGCGCAGUGACCGCUCUCCGACUGGACCUUUUUUGUUGCUGAUUUUGAUUUUUAAAGAACCUAUCUUCUCCUGUUUGGUUUUUUUACUGACGUGCAAAUGUUUACAGUUGUAACCACAACCUCAGGCACAUCCUACAAUCACGAUGUUGCUAUGCUGCUUUGCAAAAAAACAACAAAAAAAAAACACAAAAAUUAUACUAAAACGAAUACAGACUAGUAUUUUUUUUGAAUUUUGGAAAGAAGCGGGUCUUGCAAAGUAGCUUUGUUACUUGAGACGAACUGUACAUGCAGACUUUGUACAGGCUGGAGGAACUGUUCCCAAAGACCGCCCUGUUUCAGGUUGGGACUUCCUGACCCACGAUGGACAGACCACUGCUCAGCCCAGUGGGGGGAGGGGUGCUGUGGACUUCUGCGGUGACUGUAUGCGGGUAGAUGGGCUAGGUCUGUCAUCUUUCAGGACCUGCUUGGUAUGCCCCCCCCAACCCUGCACCCAUCUUUUUGUUUUGUUUUCUCUUUUGAAUGUAUUUUUUUUUUUUAAAACUAAGGUUGUAGAAUUACAGAAUUCCUUCAACCUUGGAACCUUAAGUAGGGUGCCCUCCAAUGGACUGAUUCAGUCCGUAGGGAGUCGAUGUGUGCUGCUGCUUAUUGAAAUACAGUUCAGUUGGAGCCCCGAGAGUGCUUUCCAGAUGCCGCCGUGUCCAGAACACCGGGGCAGGCGGGCCCCUGAGCAGGGACCUCAGGUGACUUGACUGAGUUCACCAGUGCCUACUCGAGCGAAGAAAUGGGCUUUUCAUUCUUGAAGACACUCAGGAGGGCAUGGUUCUUAUAAGAGGUUCACAUACUAAUUUUUAUAAAAGUCUCCCUGAUAGGACUUAUGCCAA